GGCAACUCCGCGGAGCGGGUGGGCGCCGGCGCCCCGGUGUACCUGGCGGCCGUGCUGGAGUACCUGACGGCCGAGAUCCUGGAGCUGGCGGGCAACGCGGCCCGCGACAACAAGAAGACGCGCAUCAUCCCCCGCCACCUGCAGCUCGCCAUCCGCAACGACGAGGAGCUCAACAAGCUGCUGGGCAAGGUGACCAUCGCGCAGGGCGGGGUGCUGCCCAACAUCCAGGCCGUGCUGCUGCCCAAGAAGACCGACAGCCACAAAGCCAAGAGCAAGUAA